UUAGUUCUAACAUUUUUUUCUGCAGACGCUCCAAACCCUAACCCUAAUUCGCCGCAAGAACUCAGCUUUUCCGGCAGUUUCCAACUGUAAAGUAGCAAGAUGGGAGAUACAAAGGAAAACGAAGCUUACGAGGAAGAACUUCUCGACUACGAAGAAGAUGAUGAGAAGGCCCCAGAUUCCGUUAAUGGAAAAGUAAACGGCGAGUCUGCCAAGAAGGGUUAUGUUGGAAUUCACAGUUCUGGAUUCAGAGACUUUCUUUUAAAGCCAGAGCUACUGCGGGCUAUUGUGGAUUCAGGGUUUGAGCAUCCCUCUGAAGUGCAACAUGAGUGUAUUCCACAAGCUAUUCUGGGUAUGGAUGUUAUUUGUCAAGCCAAAUCUGGAAUGGGCAAAACUGCUGUUUUUGUUCUUUCGACUCUGCAGCAGAUUGAACCUGUUCCUGGUCAGGUUGCUGCUUUGGUCUUAUGUCAUACAAGGGAAUUAGCUUAUCAGAUCUGUCAUGAAUUUGAGAGGUUCAGCACUUAUUUGCCUGAUAUCAAGGUUGCUGUCUUCUAUGGUGGUGUCAAUAUCAAACUUCACAAGGAGCUUCUGAAGAAUGAAUGUCCUCAUGUUGUUGUUGGAACUCCUGGAAGAGUACUUGCAUUGGCUAGAGAGAAAGACCUAUCUCUGAAGAAUGUGAGGCAUUUUAUUCUGGAUGAAUGUGACAAGAUGCUUGAUUCACUUGACAUGAGGAGAGAUGUGCAGGCAAUCUUCAAGAUGACUCCCCAUGACAAGCAAGUAAUGAUGUUUUCAGCAACACUCAGCAAGGAUAUCCGUCCAGUCUGCAAAAAAUUUAUGCAAGAUCCAAUGGAGAUUUAUGUUGACGAUGAGGCAAAGUUGACCCUUCAUGGACUUGUACAGCAUUACAUCAAAUUGAGUGAAACGGAGAAAAACCGGAAGCUAAAUGAUCUGCUGGAUGCCUUGGACUUCAAUCAAGUAGUUAUAUUUGUCAAGAGUGUGAACAGAGCAGCAGAGCUGAAUAAAUUACUAGCGGAGUGUAAUUUUCCAUCUAUCUGCAUCCACUCUGGCAUGACUCAGGAAGAAAGAUUGACUCGCUACAAAUCUUUCAAGGAGGGUCAUAAGAGAAUUCUUGUGGCAACUGAUUUGGUUGGUAGGGGCAUUGACAUUGAAAGGGUCAACAUUGUUAUUAACUAUGACAUGCCAGAUUCUGCAGACACUUACCUUCACAGAGUGGGUAGGGCUGGUAGGUUUGGAACGAAAGGCCUUGCCAUUACAUUUGUGUCCUCUGCAUCAGAUUCUGAAGUUCUUAAUCAGGUUCAGGAAAGGUUUGAAGUAGACAUAAAAGAGCUUCCUGAGCAGAUUGAUACUUCUACAUACAUGCCAUCUUAGUGAGAUGAGAGUGCCCUGGCAGAUAUUGAAGUCAUUUUGCCUGAAGAUGGGGGGAACUGACAGAUGUUUGCUUUUGUUUAUCGCCUAUCUUUGCCUUUUGGACCUUCUAAUUUGAAGGAAUGGUGGCCUCCUACUAUAUGCUUUGACACUGCUGGACUGCUGUACCCUAGUUGAACCAUGCUGUUUCUCGUCAGUUAAGAGGAACAUGACAAAUGUCUGAGUGUUAUCUUGUUAAGCUCUAUAAUUUAUACUUCCCAAUGAUUUAUUAUGCCUAGUUUUUUAAUCAUAUUCUUGUUAGCUGUU